AUGGAUGUUGAAUCGUUCCGAGAGUUCGGUAAAGCCAGUGUUGACUAUAUUGCGGAUUAUAUUGAAAAUAUCCGUAAGAAAAAGGUUCUACCGUCAGUAGAGCCAGGGUAUCUACAGAACGAAAUUCCAGAACUAGCUCCUAUUUCUGGAGAACCAUGGCAAAAUAUACUUCCCGACGUCGACAGAGUAAUUCUUCCGGGAUUGACCCACUGGCACUCGCCGCAUUUCCAUGCUUACUUUCCAACAGCGAAUUCGUUCCCAGGAGUUGUUGGAGAGCUGUUUUUGUCCGGAUUGGGUUCGAUUUCUACUGAUUGGCAAUCUAAUCCUGCUUGCGUUGAACUGGAAGUAAGAAUGAUGGACUGGUUAGCUAAAAUGCUUGGACUUCCAGAACAUUUUCUUAAUGAAUCAGAAGGUCCUGGCGGAGGUGUGAUACAGAAUGCAGCGAGCGAAUCAACAUUGGUAGGUCUGUUAUCUGGAAAGCAGAGAACGGUCAAACAUGUCCUCGAUAAAAACCCUAACCUAACCCCAGAAGACGUAAAAGGAAAAUUAAUAGCUUAUACCUCAAAAGAAUCUAACUCUUCCGUGGAAAAAGCAAGUUUACUAGCAUCAGUGCCAAUGAGACUUCUACCUACAGACUCAGAUUGCCGCUUACGCGGGAAUACCUUACAAGAAGCUAUCCAGAAAGAUAAGGCAGAAGGCCUCAUUCCGUGUUGUGUUGUUGCUAGUUUAGGUACGACUGGAACCUGUGCGUUUGAUGACUUGGAGGAAAUUGGACAAAUAUGUCAGAAUGAGAAUAUUUGGUUACAUGUUGAUGCUGCAUAUGCCGGAGCAGCUUUGGUUUGUCCAGAAUAUCGGUAUCUUUUAAAAGGCAUUGAUCAUGUGGAUUCUUUUAACUUCAAUCCUCAUAAAUGGUUCCUCACCAACUCAGAUUGCUCAGCGAUGUGGUUUAAAAACACCAAAGAUGCAGAGGCAGCAUUUAAAUUGAAAGCAGCUAUUCCAUCAAAUCCAGCAUUUGAACCGGAACUUGAACAUUGGCAAAUUCCCUCUUCUAGACGAUUCAGAGCUUUAAAACUGUGGUUUGUGAUGAGAAUAUACGGGGUGCAAGGUAUUCAGAAACAUAUUAGACACCAGGUGUCUCUAGCCAAAUAUCUAGAAGACCUGGUAACCGCAGACAAACGAUUCGAAUUGUUAAUUUCAAGCUUAGGAGUUGUGGGAUUCAGACUUAAUGGUGACGAUACUGCAACUCAAAAGUUAUUGGAUAAAAUUACAGAACGGAAAAAUUUGUAUAUAAUGCCUUAUUAUUAUCAGAACAAACUAAUGGUCCGGUUUGUCGUUUGUAGUCGACUAACUGAAAAGGAAGAUAUAGAUUUUGCUUGGAAAGAAAUCACAGCAAUUGUAGAAACUAUGUUCAACAAAACCUCUAGAAAAAAUAUUAAGAAAAAGAAAGAUAUCAACGCAGCAAUUUUAACAAAAGUUGCGGCAACAACCUUUCCGACAGAUUUUAAUGACAAACUUAAUUUAGGAUUAUUUUUAUAA